CUCAAACUGUACAUUUUAUAUUAGAUUUUUGUCAAAUUUAACAUAUAAUCUGUACCUGAAACAGUGUACUGAAGGAUAAUGAUAAUGAUACUAACAAUAUGGUGUCUGAGCGCUGACGCCUUGAACGACGUGACACUCGGCACAUAGAACAUUUUUGCAGGGAGACCACAACACAGGAAGACAAGAUUAGUGCGAGAGGUGAUGCGGCACAAGAUACAUGAUCUCAAGUGAUUACUUCAGGCUCCACAGGCCGUGUGAUCGUUUCCAUUGCUCAAGUGGAUAACAAAUAAAUUGCAUCUGAAAGCACCAUACAGCACAUCUACUUUGGAGAACAUUAUGGCUUUACGCGCAGAUGCACCCAAGGUAACAUCAUCUUCCAUCCAUUGAGGACAAAACCAGUGAAACGCUUAUCAUGGAGAGGAACGCUCAUUAUGAUUCCAUCCUGGACAGAAGCAAAGCCAUAACUUGGCAGGGUGAUUGCUAUGUGGAUCUUCAGUCCACUUCCUGCUUCCCAUCCUCCAUGACACAACCACCAGCUCUCCAGUGGGUCCAAACUCACCAAGACCAUUUGCGACGCUUCACUAGUACCUCCUUUCUGGAGGGCUUGUUGCUACACUUGAGAAAGACGCACCUGCUGAGUUCCACCGAAGAGACCCGGAUCCAAGAAGCAGGACGGUUGGAGGAGCAGGUCAACAUGCUCAUUACCACAGUCUCUAGAAAGAAAGACCCACACGGUUCUAAAGCCAUCAGGGACUUCAUAGAGGGCUCAGAUUGUCCAGUGGCCCAGCUCAUCAAGAACUAUGAUUCCAUGGUGAAGGACCACAAAGAGGAACUCCUGCAACGCUGUGAGCAUCCUAGAGACAGCAGCCACAAACCGAUCAUCUCCACUAACUUACUUCUGGUGGAUGGACUUUCUGACCUGCAGCAGAGAGAGCACGACCUAACCCAGGUGGGAGCCACUCGCGGUAGGAGGAGGGAUCAUGUCAGAGAGUUAGGCCUCAACCGUCUCAUGGAAACCCUCACGAGGGGUAGUUUACCUCCGCGGGUCUCCCUCACAAUCGGGGUAGGUGGAAUCGGCAAGACCACUAGGGUCCAGUGCUUCAUCCGACAGUGGAUCCAAGGCACCGUCUGUCCUGAUGUGAGCUUUGUCUUACCUUUUACUUUUUCUCAACUGAACGUCUUGGAGAAACUCUCAGUGGAAAGGUUGGUUAAGAUGGUCUUCCCUCAUUUAAGCGACCCCAGUCUGAUCCUGAGCAGCUCCUGUCGGACUUUGCUUAUAUUUGAUGGCUUGGAUGAUUUCCGCUGCACUUUGAAUUUUUCCCAUGCAGCCCCCUGUGAUGACAUAAAGAAAGAGGUGCCCAUUGAGGACUUGGUGACAAACAUCAUUCGAGGAAAUCUUCUUCCAGGUGUGGCUUUAUGGGUGACCUCCAGACCAAGAGUGGCUUCACUAAUUCCUGGAGGAUUAGUGGACAGAGUGACAGAGGUACCAGGGUUUAGCCCCAAGGACGUCCAUGUUUUCUUAAACCAUCACAUCCCUGAGAUGGAUUUUGCCCAUAAAAUCUGGGCCCACUUGCACAGCCAUAAAAACUUGAUGGUGUUUUGCUAUACACCAUCUUUCUGCUGUAUAGUGGCUGAUACUAUGAAGUAUCUCCUCCAAAGUGGUGAGGAGGAACAACUCCCAAAAACUUGUACUGAGCUCUAUGCUCACUUUUGUGGCAUGAGGGCAGAAUCAGGCGAGCCACGAGGAAGGGAACCUGUCAAAGAGACGCUCUAUGGGAGCAAUCGUAAACUACUGGGGAAUCUUGGACGUCUAGCCUUUAAUGGGGUCCUUAAAUAUAAUUACACUUUCAGCGAGCAGGACCUCAGAGCCUGCGGGAUAGACCUGGUCUUGCCUCCAAAUAGCCUUGCCGCUGGACUUCUUAUCCGAGACGAGACCUUUUUAUGCACAACAUACCACUUCACUCAUUUAACCCUGCAGGAAUUUCUUGCAGCGAUGUUUUACUGCAUGUCUUCCAAGCGAGCCAUUUUUGACUUGUUCUCAGAAAGCACCAUGUCCUGGCCCAAAAUUGGUUUUCUGAAUCACUUCAAAAGUGCCAUUCAGCGCUCCCAACAAGCUGCAGAUGGACACCUGGAUGUGUUUGCACGCUUCCUCUCAGGCCUCCUGUGUCCACUGACGGUGAAGCCUCUCGCUGGGCUUUUAGGUAAAGUUGAUGGCAGCCAGAGGGCAUGGGCGGCAAGUUUUAUACACAGCCUCUUGGAUGGCAGUCAUGUUGUUGUGUCCCAUCGUGCGGUCAACUUGGUUUAUUGUUUGCAAGAGAUGCAACACACAGAUUUACUGCGAACAGUGGAGGAUGACUUGCGGCUCGGAAGCCUGACGGGGAAACUGACCCAGGCUCAUUGUGUGGUGCUGGGAUACCUGCUGCAAGUUUCUCCUGAGUGCAGUGAACAAACAAACCUCAAAGCAUCCCUGAACUACGCUACUGUGAAAUGCUUGCUUCCACAGCUUCUGUACUGCAACCAUCUCAGGUUAGAGAGUAAUCACUUCAAAGAUGAUGUCAUGGAAUUACUGGGAAGCCUCUUGAGUGCCAAAGACUGCCAUAUUCAGAAAAUAAGUUUAGCAGACAAUGAUGUCAGCAGUAAAGGCGUCCGAGCCCUGAGUCGAGCCCUGAUGGUGAAUCGGACCCUAACAUCUCUCAAUCUGCGGAACAACAAGAUAGGCGCUAAAGGCACUAAAAUACUGGCAGAAGCCCUCAAAAUGAAUCAAGUGCUGUUAUCAGUCAACUUGCAGAACAACGCCAUUGAGGAGGAAGGUGCAUGGGCCCUAGCUGAAGUGCUGGAGUGCAACUGCAAAUUAGCAUCCUUGAACAUAAGGAAGAAUGGCAUUGGGGCCAAUGGAGCCAAGAGAAUCGCAGAUGCACUGAAGGCAAACCGGACUCUCACCAAAUUCAUCCUUUGCAGUAACCAGCUUGGUGACACAGGCACAAUAUCAAUGGCUGAAGCGUUAACAGUCAACCACACGCUUCUGUCACUUCAACUGCAGAGUAACUCUAUCAGCAACAAAGGGAUGACAGCCUUGACAAAAGCACUCAGGCUCAACCGAGGUCUCAUCUCAUUGAACUUAAGAGAGAACUCAAUUGGCAUAGAGGGAGCAAAGAACAUGGCCCGUGCUCUUCACGAGAAUAACACCUUGCAGGACCUCGACCUCACAGCCAACCUGUUGCAUGACGAAGGGGUUCGAGCAAUUGCGAGUGCAGUCAAAGUAAAUCAAGGCCUCGCUUCUUUGCAUUUGCAGUGGAAUUUCAUCAAGUGCUCUGCCUCGAAAGCCCUGGGUCAUGCACUCCUCAACAAUACAACCCUACAACUCUUGGACCUGCAAGAAAAUGCUAUUGGCAAUGAAGGUGUCAUUUGUCUGGCUGAAGCGCUGAAAACCAACACGUCACUGCGCACAUUAUGUCUUCAGAGUGUCUCAGUGGGCUCCAGUGGUGCAAUUGCGAUGGCAGAGGCCCUGAUGACCAAUCAAAGUCUGCAAUCAUUAGAUCUCUGUGGAAACAGCGUGGGGAUGAAGGGAGCAAAGGCCCUGGCCAACACCUUAAAAAGCAACAGAAGCCUCAAGUCGUUAAAUCUGCAGGAAAAUCUUCUGGGAAUGGAUGGAGCCAUUUUCAUUGCAACGGCCUUGAAAGGAAACCACCAAGUCACAUACAUCAAUUUGCAGGGAAACGGCCUUGGUGAAUCAGGUGCUAAAGUGAUAGCUGAUGCCAUCAGAGCCGACGCUCCAGCAUGUGUGGUGGAUAUUUGAGCAGCUUCUAUUAGCCAACUCUUAAAGGAAGUUCCCAUCGUGAUGUGGAUUGUAGUCUCACCCUGUGCUAUGGAUGCGUCAUUGCAAAGUAACCCGUGCUACCUGGCUGGAAGUAAUAAAUGUGUUUAUUAAAUGUUUUUCACUAAUAGAGGGGCCCAUCAAACAUCAUUAUGUGUAAUUAUGUGGAAUGCAUCAUAUAAUGAUGUUGUGUGUAUCUGCACACGUUGUAAGGGCAACAGUUAUUUCGCCAAGCAGACUGAAAGCUGUGCUGCUACAGCAGAACUGGAGAAGAUAAUUUCUUCCACGUCACUAAAAUACAGGAAAGUUCUAAAACGGGUGACUUAUUUAGAAGGGCAAAAUACAGUAGUUUGGUUUUUCUACCCUGCACUAAUGCUAACAAGAAUAUGGUAGAAUUUUUCAAAUUUGGACUACAAAUUUAGUAUUUUGUCAGCUAAGUUUUGCUUAUUUUGUAGAGUGUGCCAUACUCUCCUGGUCUGACCCAAAAUUCAGCCCAAACUAUUUGGGGCUGCGAAAACAAGCAAGCAAAAAGCGCUUGAACAAUAGCUACAAGCAGUUGUGAGGGAAUCCAUGUUGUUUCAUAUGUAAACACAUGUCGCCUGUGUGAUGCCACACCAUACUUUGGCGCAGGCUGUGAUGUUUGGAAUUGUAAAAUUCCUGUUAUUUGCUUCCAUACCGGGAUGCACGGCGGUCGAGUGGUUAGUGCGCAGAUCUCACAGCUAGGAGACCUGAGUUCAAUCCCACCCUCGACCAUCUCUGUGUGGAGUUUGCAUGUUCUCCCCGUGCAUUGCGUGGGUUUUCUCCGGGUACUCCGGUUUCCACCCACAUUCCAAAAACAUGCUAGGUUAAUUGGCGACUCCAAAUUGUCCAUAGGUAUGAAUGUGAGUGUGAAUGGUUGUUUGUCUAUAUGUGCCCUGUGAUUGGCUGGCCACCAGUCCAGACAUCUGGGAUAGGCUCCAGCAUCCCCCGCGACCCUCAUGAGGAUAAGCGGUAGAAAAUGAAUGAAUAUAACAUUUAAGGGCAUUUACUUUUAGGGUAAACAGAGCAAGAGAAUGAAUCUCGUGACAUCAUUACAACUGCAAAGUUCUCCUACAGGAUUGCUUCAUGCUUCAGUAUGAAUCUCCCCUACACAAAAGGGUUUUAUGCUUCGAAAUUUAUUCACCGCAGCAAAAAAAAAAAAAAAAAGGCUGUGAUGGACUAUUUUGUUCACCCACCUGCUUUGGAUGUGAUAAAAAUAUCAACAGAUUGGAUUGCCACUGCUUCCUUUACAUUGGCCGCCGUUGAAGGAGCGAAGCAACAAAACAACAAAAGGCCACAAGAACUUUUUUUAAUAUGGAAGGUCACUUCUUGAUUCUUCAGAAAGGGCUAAAGGAAGCCAGCUGGAUCCUGGUGUGGGAGCUUACUCCUGGCGUAGACGGAACAGGACGCAACAAAGCACUUAGUGUCCACAUGUAGGGUGGGCCACUAGAAACGUUGGGAAAGAAGGAAGGCAGUCCAUCUUGUCCGCGGGGGAAUAGGCGAUCUUUGAGGAGUGAGCCCACACCGGAACAUCCAAACGAAGCUCCACCGGGACAAACAAGACAGUCAGGAGGAAAGCCAACAGAAGGGUUUGAAUCCUUGGUGGAUCCCCAGGAUCCUGAACUGUCACAUUGUCAAACCCCAGGAACCUCUGCAACAGCUUCCUUAAUGUGGGAGUGGGCCAAUCAGCCACUACCUUCAUCAUGGCAGGGUCAGGUCAAAGUUGGCCCCUGACUCUGAGGGCAUUGUGUAUUUCUGGACCUUAACAAAUAGUCUUUGGAGAACCAGACAGACAUGCUGAUGGUGAAAACAUUGGAAGAAGAAAACAUUUGGAUAUUGUCCAAAUAAAAGAACGCAGCCACAGCCAAUCAUGUCAUGGAGGAUGUCGCUAAUGAAGCACUGGAAGAUGGCAGGGGUGGUAAUAAGGCUAAAGGACAUCACAUCAUACUCAAAAUGUUAAGAUGAUGAUUCCGAUGAGGAGCAGCUGUGGCAUGUCUCAUAGCUCCACCCCAUGGGGGAUUUGCUAGAAUCUACAAAACACCCACAAUGUCCAAAAAAGAAGGAACAAGGAGAACGAAAAAAACAAAAGUAACAUAACAACCAACCCAGUGUCACAGCAGAGCGUGACAACAUUGGAUGGAUUCUCGCAUGUUUAAUGAAUAAAGUGAAAAUAUCAAAGUGUACCUCAGACCCUUCAAAAUAACUGAAAGUGACAACUUGAAUGGCUUCAUAAUCCACGUGACCAAAGGCUUGCUAUUUUGUCAUCAUCAUCAUAAAUAGCCACAUUGAAUAGGCACUCACUUUAGGGCUAUUGCUAAUGGGGUUUAGGUGACGAUGAAUUAUCUACCAGGUGCAUGGCCUCUUGUAUUCAGACAAAUGCAGCCCAGAAUUGAAUCACUCAUGCAUUACUUGUUGCACAUGGCGAAAACAUUAGGUACACCGACAUAAUGUAAUAGUAGUUGCUAAUGAGUAUUGUGGACUGAUGCUUUGUGUUGAUGUGGUCGGCAAAACCUGAGCUAAAAUAAGGCAUUAAUUCCAUACAAUACACAAAAUCCACGGUGCUAGGUUGGUUGCUAGGUUUGUGUUGCUGUUCGAUAUGUUUUCAAUACACAAUACACAAAU